GCAUAAUGAAAGCCUGAAGUGGAAUCCAUCAGACAUGACAACAUGCUUUCUUUAGAGCAACAAAAGAUUGGCCUGGUGGACAAGUGGAUUGAGAAGAAUGGCCACACAGCCACGUAUCGCCACGUAUCGUGCAUUAGCCAAAUGUUUGUUUGAAGCUGGUGCUCUUGAUUCCGUUGAUAGGCUUUGCAGGGAGUUUGGCACUACUUCAACACCAACAGUUGUACCAGAUGGAGGACCAACAAUCCCACCUCCUACAAUGAAGGAGCUAAUGAACAACGUCCACAUGGUCAAGACCUUUGAACUGGGGAUUCAGUUAGACCUGGACCUCAGCGACAUCAACACAGCAAUGUCAGACCACAAAAAUGACGCCCGUGGCCAACUGAUCAAGAUCCUCUCUCUCUCUAUAUUCAACAGGCACUGGAUCGAUCGUGGCUCCAUGUGGCCACGGCUCUGGCGAGAACAAGUGUGCAGCUGUUUACAUUUCAACAUCAUGUUUGUGCUUCGAUGUUCGUUCACAAGUCGUUUCUUCUACCUUCUCUACUUCUACUAGUGAAAUCAAACAGCCGGUACCAGUUGUAUCACCAGAUUUUAAGAAGGCUGUCAGCGGAGGCGAUAAGGUCUUCAUCACAAGUCUGUCAAGGUUCCCAACACCAUUUGGGACCAUCAACAUACUCCAGAGGGUGGGGCCAGACUACAAGCCACUCCUGGGGAACAUUCUACUGAGGAGUGAGGAUGGACAGAGGAUCAGAACUCUGGAGAUGACUCACUCCAACAAUGUCGAUGGAGUUGUGUACGACCUGUUCCAGAAGUGGAGCACAGAGGAUGAGGACUGUACCUGGGGAGCACUAGUUCACCAUCUCCAACAUGCCAGUCUGGGACCUCUAGCCAGAGACAUACAAUCUGCUCUCAUUUGAAUCUGGUUUCAGAGUGGGAUCGCUAUAUAGGCAUUAUUUCUCAUGGUAUAC